UUUUUUUUUUUUUUCCUCCCCCCCAUUGGUUGUGCAAUUCGGUCACUGUGCCUGGGGUGUGUGAAAGAUCUCCAGAUCAGCCUUUCCUGCAACUUUCAGAUUCUGAAAACCGUUAUUUGGUGAUCGCUAAGGCUACUCUGAGCCAUGGGCGAACAAAUGAGCGAUAGCGAGGAGGUGAUCGAUCUGAAGAGUCCUGAGCCCAUGGACCCGUGUGAGCCGCUGCUGGAAACGACGGAUGACCUUUCUGGGUUCCCCGACAUGGGAGGAAUCUAUGAGAUCCAGCACAGACCGGAGGUCCCACCGAACCUCAUCCCGGGCUUAGAAGUCGGCAGCCCCGUGGAAGGGACUUCGUACAUCUGCUCCAAAUGCGGGAAAAGCUUCUGCAGCAUCUCCAGCCUCAUCAGCCACGAGAAGAGGAACCACACGGGGGAGAAGCCAUACAAAUGCGCUGACUGCGGGAGGAGCUUCCACCAGAGCUCCGACCUCGUCAAGCACGAGCGAAUCCACACCGGAGAGAAGCCCUACCAGUGUUCGGUCUGCGAGAAGCGGUUCAGCCAGCGGUCCUAUCUCAUCGUCCACGAGCGGUUCCACACCAAAGAGAAGCCGUACAAGUGCUACCUGUGCGGGAAGAGCUUCUGCUCCAACGCCCACCUCAUGACCCACCAAAGGACCCACACCGGAGAGAGGCCCUACCAGUGUCCCGACUGCGGCAAAAGGUUCAUCACCAGCUCGAACUUUGUGAACCACAAGAAGACGCACACGGAGGACAAGCCGUACAACUGUUCCCUGUGCGAGAAGAGCUUCAAGAGGAGUUCCAACUUGAUCCAGCACGAGAGGACCCACACGGGCGAGAAGCCCUACGCCUGCCUGACCUGUGGGGAAAAUUUCGCCUCCAAUUCAGGCCUGGUGAAACAUCAGCGUAGCCACACGGGGGAGAGGCCGUACAAAUGCUCCUACUGCGCGAAAAGCUUCACGCAGAGCAUGAUCCUGACCCAGCACGAGAGGACCCACACGGGGGAGAAGCCGUGCAAGUGCCCGGUGUGCGGGAAAAGCUUCCGCUCCAGCUCCGACCUGGUGAAACACAAGCGGAUACACACGGGGGAGAAGCCGUACAAGUGCUCCUUGUGCGGGAAGAGCUUCACAACCAGCUCGGACGUGGUGAAGCAUGAGAGGACCCACACAGGCGAGAAGCCGUACAAAUGCGGGACCUGUGGGAAGAGCUUCAGCCAGAGCGCACACCUUAUGCAGCACCAGAGGAUCCACACAGGGGAGAAACCCUAUACGUGCCUCACCUGUGGGAGAAGCUUUACCUGCAGUGCACACCUGGUAGUACAUAAAAGGACUCACAAAGAAGCAAAUAACUUACAAACAUAAAAUAUUCCCGUUGGGCAGAUGGCUGAGAGAAAUAACUCUCCGACUAGGUUCAGCCUAGGGCUGAACUAGAUAAUACCUUCCGCCUUCCCCUCCCGUGCUGUUUUCCCUAGCCGAAAUGCCCACAGUGAGUCGAACAGGGCCCCCGUGGCCAUUUCGGCUGGGGAAAACAGCACUGGGUGGGGAGGGCUGAAGCUUCUCCGAUCCCAUAUCAUGAUCCCGAGCAGAACUGGGCCCCCAAGUGCUUUUAAACGUUACUUCUGGAUUGCACAUCUGACUAAAUCGGGUCCUGGGUAGUUUAGCCCUUAGUUAAGCGUCGAAGUUUCCAUUCCCGGAAAGAAUCAUAGGAGUGUUCCAAGCAAUGAACUUUUAUGCUGAAACAGACCCUCUUUUAUUCUCCCUCCCUGGAAUUUUUUAGAAGCCGUAGAGGAAAGUAAAACCUAAAACUUGGUAGCCCAUCUAAUCGUUUUACGCAGGAGGGGGAAAAAGAAGUUGCCCAAACAGGAGAGAAGCCAUAGGAUUGUUCCGAUUGGGAGAGGAGUUGCUGGAUUUUUCCAUCCACCAUAAAACCCAAAGCAAAUGUUUUAAAAAAGGUUUCCAUGAUUUCUAAUUGAAGAUGAAUUGCGGAAAGGCGCUCUAGGCAAUAGAAUUUGGGACGUUUGUGCGGAGAGGCAGCUUACGGAGGGAUUUCAAGGGGUGUCGAAAGAUAUGGCUACAAAAUAAACCAUCUGUAUAAGAGGAUAUGGGGCGAUCAUGCAUUUAACUGUACAUAGUCUAGAGCUAGAUUUGAAUCCAGAAACGCCUUAGUUUUUCGGCAGACGAGCCAGUUUGGUGUAGUGGUUAAGGGCAGCAGACUCUAAUCUGGAGAACCAGGUUUGAUUCCCCACUCCUCCACAUGCUGCUGCCGGUGUGACCUUGGGUCAGUCCCCAUUCUCUCAGAGCUCUCUCAGCCCCACCUGCCUCACAGGGUGUUCUAAUAUGGGGAGAGGAAGGGAAGGAGAUUGUAUGCUGCUCUGAGACUCCCAAGUGAAGGGUGAAGUAUAAAUCCAAACCACUUUCACCUCUUCUUCUUCCUCCUCCUCCUCCUUCUAUCAAGAGUCAAAUCUUUAUCGGUCGGAUACCCUGAAAAUCUGGUUGUUCUCUGUGACAGAACAGGCCCGUUCUGGCCGGCAGGCCUCAUUCCACCCUGCCCUCCUAGGUCUAUCUCAACCCCUGGAGAGGCUUUUCUUUCACUCUCGGGUAGUCCACAGCCGCCGCCACCUGACUUUUGCAAGGAGUUGCCCACUGGGAGGGACAGGAGACCCAGAGCAGGCCCGUUCUGCCACAUUCUCCAAGGUGCUACUGGACUCAGCUCUAGUUCUUCUACGGAAGCCCAACGUGGCUGGCCUCUGUAUGUAUUCUGUUUCUAAUAAACCGACGGGCUGUUUUGUGU